GUCCUUCCGAGGGUGGAGGGUAUGGCGAAGACUGUGGCUUAUUUCUAUGAUCCCGAUGUGGGCAAUUUUCAUUACGGAGCAGGACAUCCCAUGAAACCACAUCGGUUGGCAUUGACCCACAGUUUGGUGCUACAUUAUGGACUCUAUAAGAAGAUGAUUGUAUUUAAGCCAUAUCAAGCUUCUCAGCAUGACAUGUGUCGCUUUCAUUCAGAAGAUUAUAUUGACUUCCUUCAGAGAGUUAGUCCUAACAACAUGCAAGGAUUCACCAAAAGCCUCAAUGCUUUCAAUGUGGGAGAUGACUGCCCUGUUUUUCCAGGACUAUUUGAAUUUUGUUCUCGAUAUACUGGAGCUUCCUUGCAAGGAGCAACACAGCUGAAUAAUAAGAUUUGUGAUAUUGCAAUUAAUUGGGCUGGAGGCCUGCAUCAUGCCAAGAAGUUUGAGGCUUCUGGGUUUUGUUACGUGAAUGACAUCGUGAUUGGCAUUUUGGAGCUUCUCAAGUACCACCCACGUGUGCUUUACAUUGAUAUAGACAUCCAUCAUGGAGAUGGUGUGCAGGAAGCUUUUUACUUGACAGACCGUGUCAUGACAGUAUCUUUUCACAAAUACGGGAAUUACUUUUUCCCUGGUACAGGUGACAUGUAUGAAGUUGGAGCUGAGAGUGGCCGCUAUUACUGUCUAAAUGUACCUUUGCGGGAUGGCAUUGAUGACCAAAGUUAUAAGCAUCUCUUCCAGCCAGUCAUUAAUCAAGUGGUGGAAUUCUAUCAGCCAACUUGCAUAGUGUUGCAGUGUGGUGCUGACUCCUUAGGCUGUGAUCGCCUGGGCUGCUUUAACCUCAGUAUAAGAGGACAUGGGGAGUGCGUGGAAUAUGUAAAAAGUUUCAACAUUCCCCUUCUGGUAUUAGGAGGCGGUGGCUAUACAGUUCGCAAUGUGGCCCGAUGCUGGACUUAUGAAACAUCAUUGCUAGUAGAUGAAGCAAUUAGUGAGGAGCUUCCGUAUAGUGAAUACUUUGAAUACUUUGCUCCAGACUUUACUCUCCACCCUGAUGUCAGCACUAGAAUUGAAAAUCAGAACUCAAGGCAGUACUUAGAUCAAAUACGGCAGACAAUAUUUGAGAAUUUGAAGAUGCUGAAUCAUGCACCUAGUGUCCAGAUCCAUGAUGUCCCUUCUGAUCUUCUGAGCUAUGAUCGCACAGAUGAGCCUGAUCCAGAAGAGAGAGGUUCAGAAGAUAAUUACAGCAGGCCAGAAGCUUCCAAUGAGUUCUAUGAUGGUGACCAUGAUAAUGAUAAAGAAAGUGAUGUUGAAAUAUGAGGCCUGAAUCCUAUAAAUUUAUACUAUGUGAAAUUGUCUGGAUGAUGAGACUCUUAAGGAGGCAAUAGGUUCCAGCAGAAAGACUGCUCUUUCUACCCGUUUUCUGAAAUGAUAUCAGCAGGACUGGUAAAUGAUGGAAUUAUUUGAGCACAGAAGGCAAUGAGGGUUGCCACUUGACCUGAUCUUCAGCCAUUAAUUGUGGGAAUAAACAUUCAUUACUUCA